AUGGUGAAAAAACGUGGACUUGUUUGGACUUACUACCACAAAAAAGUCGAUGGAACAUCUGUUGUUGCUUUUUGCAAAUUUUGUAAUAGAUCUUACAUUCAAAAUGCAACGCGAAUGGAGAAACAUUUAGCGCGUUGUGAAAAAGCGACUCCUGAAGUUAAAGCACUAUUUUUGCGUGUGUCUACAAGUAAGCGUGUCAACAGAGCACGCUUGUUGGGCGCUAAGAUUGGCGGUACUUGGAUCAAGAAAAAUGGUGAUGUCACACUUGAUAUCAGUAAUCUCACCGAAGCUGAUUUGGAGGAUAUCAGUGAGUGGAAUCGCCAGAAAGAAGAAUUGAAGGAAUUCCGUAAUCACAGUGAAAUUGUAGUACCAGCUCAGAAUGUUGAAUGCCUUGAGGAGGAAGAUGAUCCUACUUGGUCAUCAGAACAGGAACAUUCUAAAACUAAUAAUCGUCCUUCCGAAGUUGAGGAUAAAAAAACACCUAUUAUUGUGAAAGACAACAAUGAGUACGAGUCGAUUCCUGAUCACGAUUAUGAAUUAACUGAAGAAGAAGAAGGACACCAAGUUGUUUGUUACGACGAAAAUGAUUUUGAAAAAGGACCGAUUAACGAUCCAAUGAGUACUAAGUCACCGGUAGGAGGAGGAGGAGGAAGUUCACCUUUGAAAAAUAAAAUUCUUCAUGAACAAUUAUUAGAACGAAGAGCUUUGAGAAAAAUUGCUGAGAUAGAGUUGAAACGUAAAACAUUAGAAUUAGAACGCAGUCAAUAUGAAUUUGAACAGGAAAAAAUGUGUGGUGAAGUACGAUGGGCACAUGAAAAGCGUUUGAUGCAAUAUAAAGAAGAACGCGAGCGUAAACUAAGUCAACAAUAAUUUCUUGACAUUUCAUUUAAUUAUUUUUAUCAUUAAUUAUUUUUAACUUUUCAUUUUUAAUUAUCAUUUUUUUAAAUUAAACAUUUAGUUAAUUAUUAA